UAAGUAGUUUAAUAUCUGAGGUGUGCAAGGCGGAAUACUGAUUUUAAAAAUCAUGAAAAUAAUCGUUUUUAUUCUAUUCAAUAUAGUUUUUGUGUCAAGUCACAGCUAUGAAAAUAUUAAUACAAAAAAUGAUACUAAGAUAUUAUCCAGAAAGCGACGGUUUCUUCAAUUUCCUACAGGAAGUUCAUUUCAAUUAGUUUAUUGUCUUACGUAUACCUCAAUAGUCAAUAGCUAUUUUGUAUUUGGUAAUACUGCAGCUCUUGCAUGGGAACUUCCAUCUAUGCCUUUAUUUUUUGAUGGACGAGAUUUUCAAAAAAAAGAAGAAACUACCACAGAAGCGACCACUACGGAAAUAACUUCUAAAUUGGAUCAUGGCUAUAAUAACAAUCUCGAUAGAGUAUCAUCAUACGGUAACUUAAAUUACAUUCAAGACAGCUAUAGAAAUCCGUUUUAUAAGUACAUGGUUAAACCUGAUUGGUUUGAUAGAUAUCGUAAAUCAUCAUAUUUACUUUCAAAGAGUACUCCACAAAUUGGUGAAAAUCAAUAUUACCAUUUUAAAAGGUACAGUGAAAAUAAUUCCCAUAUGAUGUUUAAAAUAAACCCGGAAUUUCAUCAAAUUUAUCGCAGAACCAGACGAGAGCUCUACAAUAAGCUUGAAGGGUUUUUAACAAGGAUAAACUUGGAUGGAAAAGCAUGCCUACUAAAAGCUGUUUGUGAAGUAACGAAAUAUGGAACAGGAAAAGAUACACUACUGAUCGAAAUCUUUAAAGCAAUUUUUAGGGUAAAACCACAUAAAGAGCACAACAUGGACGAAUAUGAUUUAUCGGCAAACGAGAGCCAUAACUGUGAGGAAAUGUAUCCAUCUUGUCAAGGUUCAAUACGAAAUAUUAACUUGCUUGUCAGAAAAUAAAUACUAAACAACUCAACUUUGUUUCAUCCAUACUACUUACAUAACAUCAGGUUAACCCAAAAAUAAUGAGAUUACU